AAUGGUUGUGUUGAAAUGAGUGUAUUCAAGCAAGCUUUACAAAUCGCCAUUGGGCUUGUGGUUUUUGGACUGUCAAUGGUUACAAAUGUGUUACCUUGGGAUUCGAGACUGGAGCUAAUUCGCGUGCUCCAAUUUACUGCAACUAUUGUACUGCUUUUUGGCGUACUGCGAGCCCAUCCACAGCAUUUGGAUAAGUUUAUGCUUUUCUGGAUGGUCAUAACAUCAGUUUGCUUUAUAGCAAUGCUCUAUGCUGGAUUAUUGCACUUGUGCCACGGUCACUCGUCUCUUUACAUCCUUUUACCUUGGUCAAGUGCAGCUUUUAUGGCUCCGUUACUGAACGUAAUAUACAAUCAUUAUGUGGAUUUGACCGUUGGAGCUGAAGAAACAAAUACUGAAGUCCUUCAGACUAAGCUGUCAUCUUCGUAUGAGGCAAAAGGUCCGUUAAAUAUGACUUAGACUAUAAUUUAAUUUUGAAUUCGGGAAGAGAAGUUCAGAUUUAAAUUGUCUAGAUUAAUUGCUAAGCGCAUUAUUCGUAUGUGAACAGAAAAUUAGUGAAAUAAAGUUGCUGUACAACAGGCUGCGCCACAUUGAA